GGGCAGCGCAGAGGAGGCGGCCCUCACUCAGUGUCCUGAUCUCAGGCGGGGGCACUGUUUGCGUGGGGAGGGGCUUCCUGGGCUUCCCAUCUCUGGCGGGAAGCGCUCCCCGACUCAUUCGCUACCUAGGGGACACCUCCAAGGCAGGAGCCCAGGCCGACGGAGAGGACUUAGGACACUAUCGGACCCUCCGGGAAAAGAGGGGAGACAUCGUGACCCAGGCCCCGCCCCGCCUUGCCGCCCUCGUGCCCGGCGCUAAGACCCAGCGGGCGCGCCGUCCGCCCGGGGCCCGGCCCUGUCCCCUUACGUCCGCGGGGCAGCACGCUCAGCUCCGGAGAGCCGGCGGCGCGGCGGGCAUGGCUUGGGUGGCGUGGGGGCUGCUGUGGUUGCUGCUGGGCAGCGCCGGGGCGCAGUACGAGAAGUACAGCUUCCGGGGCUUCCCGCCCGAGGACCUAAUGCCGCUGGCCGCGGCCUACGGGCACGCGCUGGAGCAAUACGAGGGAGAGAGCUGGCGCGAGAGCGCGCGCUACCUGGAGGCGGCGCUGCGGCUGCACCGGCUCCUGCGCGACAGCGAGGCCUUCUGCCACGCCAACUGCAGCGGCCCCGCGCCGGCGCCCAAGCCUGACCCCGACGGCGGCCGCGCCGACGAGUGGGCCCGCGAGCUGCGGCUCUUCGGCCGCGUCCUGGAGCGAGCCGCCUGCCUGCGGCGCUGCAAGCGGACGCUGCCCGCCUUCCAGGUGCCCUACCCGCCGCGGCAGCUGCUACGUGACUUCCAGAGCCGCCUGCCCUACCAGUACCUGCACUACGCGCUGUUCAAGGCUAACCGGCUGGAGAAGGCGGUGGCGGCGGCCUACACCUUCCUCCAGAGGAACCCGAAGCACGAGCUGACCGCCAAGUAUCUCAACUACUAUCGGGGGAUGCUGGACGUCGCCGACGAGUCCCUCACGGACCUAGAGGCCCAGCCCUACGAGGCCGUGUUCCUCCGGGCUGUGAAGCUCUACAACAGCGGGGAUUUCCGCAGCAGCACGGAGGACAUGGAGCGGGCCUUGGCAGAGUACCUGGCAGUCUUUGCCCGGUGCCUGGCCGGCUGUGAAGGGGCCCAUGAGCAGGUGGACUUCAAGGACUUCUACCCGGCCAUAGCAGAUCUCUUUGCAGAGUCCCUGCAGUGCAAGGUGGACUGUGAAGCCAAUUUGACCCCCAAUGUGGGCGGCUACUUCGUGGACAAGUUCGUGGCCACCAUGUACCACUACCUGCAGUUUGCCUACUAUAAGUUGAAUGAUGUGCGCCAGGCUGCCCGCAGCGCCGCCAGCUACAUGCUCUUCGACCCCAAGGACAGCGUCAUGCAGCAGAACCUGGUGUAUUACCGGUUCCACCGGGCUCGCUGGGGCCUGGAAGAGGAGGACUUCCAGCCCCGGGAGGAGGCCAUGCUCUACCACAACCAGACCGCCGAGCUGCGGGAGCUGCUGGAGUUCACCCACAUGUACCUGCAGUCAGAUGAUGAGAUGGAGCUGGAGGAGACAGAACCGCCCCUGGAGCCUGAGGAUGCCCUAUCUGAUGCCGAGUUUGAGGGGGAGGGUGACUACGAGGAGGGCAUGUAUGCUGACUGGUGGCAGGAGCCGGAUGCCAAGGGUGACGAGGCCGAGGCUGAGCCAGAGCCUGAACUGGCAUGAGAAGGGGACACCCCACACCCCUCAAGCUUGGGAAGCCUGGUCCCGACGGCCCCACCCUCACCAGCCUGGGCAGCAGCAAGAACUAUUUAUUAAAAACUUAAGAUGGGCCAGGUGCGGUGGCUCACACCUGUAAUCCCAGCAUUUUGGGAGGCCAAGGUGGGUGGAUCACUUCAGGCCAGGAGUUCAAGACCAGCCUGGCCAACAUGAUGAGACCCCCGUCUCUACUAAAAUACAUAAAUUAGCCGGGUGUGGUGGCAGGCGCCUGUAAUCCCAGCUACUCAGGAGGCUGAGGCAGGAGAAUCGCUUGAACCUGGGAGGCAAAGUUUGCAGUGAACUGAGAUUGCGCCACCGCACUCCAGCCUGGGUGACAGAGCGAGACUCCAUCUUUAAAAAAAAACAAGACGGGCCAGGCACAGUGGCUCACGCCUGUAAUCCCAGCACUUUGGGAGGCCAAUCACUUGAGGUCAGGAGUUCAAGACCAGCCUGGCCAACAUGGUGAAACCCCAUCUCUACUAAAAAAUAAAAAAAUUAGCCGGGCAUGGUGGCGCACACCUGUAAUCGUAACUGAGGCAGGAGAAUCGCCUGAACCCAGGAGGCGGAGCUUGCAGUGAGCCGAGAUCGUGCCAUUGCACUCCAGCCUGGGUGACAGAGUGAGACUCCAUCUCAAAACAAAACAAAAACUUAAGAUGGACACAGCUGACUGGGCUCCCAUCCUGCCCCACCCGUGAGUGCUGCACCCCAGACCCAUCCUGCCACUUCUAUGUCUCUGGACCACAGGAUGGUGGUGGCGUUGCAGGUCGGCAAGUGGGCUGAUGCGGUCCGCCCUCCUCACUGCUGAGCUCCUCACCUGGACAGUCUCCUGGACGAGGAGUUUCCAGCUACUGGCUGGAGUCUCAGGCCAAAUUGCAGAGGGUCCUCCAGGGUCCUGAAAAGCACUGGACUAAGAGUCUAGUGGUUCCAGGGCCCUGACCAGUAGGUGCUCAAUAAAUGUUUGUUGUUGAA